AUAUUCUUCCUUCUUAGAAUUUAUUGAAACAAGUGAAAUAUAUAUAUAUUUGUUAUUUGUAUUGGUGCUACAAAAAAGAAACUGUAGUUGGGAGUUUAUGCUACUGGAUAUAUACUAAUACCGAAGCUUUUUUCUGGCACAAGGUGCUAGGAGUAGCGGAUCUGAACGCUGGCAAAAUGGACAUAAUAUGGAAUAAAAUUGCUGGCAUAUCUUUGCUUUUGCUCAUUAUUCAGCCAACUUGGUCUUCAACUACUUCUGCAAAAAAUGGAUAUAUUUCACAUAAAUUUGAGGGCGAUUCUCAAUUUCCUUUACUUCAUCUGACACUCAAUAACAGGGAUGGAUAUGUCUACAUCUCUGCUGUUAACAGAAUUUACCAACUUUCCAAAGACAUGUCCACAAGUUCCCUCAAUCAAGUUGAUACUGGACCAGUGAAUGAUUCAGUUCAGUGUUUACCUUAUGGCAAGCAAUGUGAACCAAAUCAGAAUGUUUUGAAGCUCAGCGAUAAUUAUAACAAACUUUUAUUAAUGGAUAUGGACAGAGGAAGAUUGCUAGUUUGUGGAAGUAUUUAUCAGGGUAUCUGCGAGGCACGUUCCCUCAAUGACAUAUCCAAAGUUGUAUCCGAUAGAAGCUGCAGUGUGGAGGAUUGUAAUUAUAUAUUUACUAUUAAAGACUACGUUUCAUGUAUCGAUGAGGAUUGCACAACGUUUGGUGUAAUAGCUGAAGGACCAACUGUUUUUAAUCCAAUACUUUAUGUUGCAACAACAGUUGUCAAUUAUAAAAGCAGCUACAGAAUAGAAGAAGUCGGUGCCAUUUCUAAAAGGAGUUUACACGUUGAUCCAGAUCGUGAAAACAAGCUAUUCUUGUGGGCAGUCCACGAUAAAAAAUCAUACGCUGCAAUUCAGGAAAAAAAUUUCAAGAAAUAUUUCAAAUAUGGAUUUCAAACUGAUGGAGAAGAUGGAUUUGUUUAUUUCUUGUUUCAGAAGAUUGAAGGACAAAUAAAGAAAACAAUAAUCUCCAGAGUCUGCAAAAAAGAUAUUUAUUUUUACUCGUAUAUUGAAAUGUCAUUAAAAUGCGAGAUGGGACUAUCAGCUUGUCGACACAACGAUGAACUGGUUGGUGCAUUUUAUCAGAAGAAAGCAGGAACAACUGAUUUUGCUGUGAAUGGGUUGGAAGACGGGGUUUUGCAUGUGAUGUAUAAAAAUGGGACCAGAUCUUCUCUCUGUAUGUACACAUUGAAAGAUUUGAAUGCAGCAUUUGAUGAGACGAUCAUUGCUUGCUAUAAAUAUAAGGGAAACAGAACGGAGUCGGGUGGUCCAGAGAUUGCUACUUCAACAAAGCAGGAAUGCAGUGCCAAUUAUUGGAUGAGCGAAGAUCAAACUUUGGAUAACCUAAUUUUUAGGACGGAUUCUGCUCCAAAACUUGAAUAUUAUCCCGACUUUUCAUUUGAAAAAGGAAAGUUUCGUUGCGGAGCAACUUAUCUUCCAUCACAAAUCACACGAAUACCAGAAGUAACAGGAAUCUGGUCUUAUCAUCAUCAAGGAGUGAACUUUUCUGCUCUGACUGUAGAUUUAACAGAUGGUGGAAUAAAUGUUGCUUUCAUCGGGACUCAAGGCGGAGAAAUUAUAGAGCUGGAUAUAAAUCACAAGAAUAAUUACAACACAAUAAACGUCGGGCAACCUGUUCUAUCGGAUCUUAUUCUCGAUGAUGAUUCAUCAUUACCAAUACCGCACCUAUAUGUGAUGACAAAUUUUUCGGUAUCACACAUGAGAGUUUCAGUUUGUGAGCGGCAUACAACAUGCUCACAAUGCCUGGCUGCUAAAGAUCCAUAUUGUGGAUGGUGCAUACUUCAGAGCAAAUGCAUGCCAAAGUCAUACAAUUGUCAGGACAGUUGGUUGAAGCCUUUUUCUGAGGAAUGCAUCGAGGCUUCUGUGCCCGAACCAUUGGAAAGAACUCUGCAAGGAAAUGUUGAGACCAAGGUGUCUCUUCUGCCUGCAAGUCCUCAGGGAAGUCCAAACAAAUACCAAUGUGUAUUCAACAAUGAUUAUUCUUCUCCUGUGAUUGUUUACGCAAUAGAUCACGAGAGAAUACAUUGCAAAGCGCCGCCUAGUGAUAGAUUACCUGCGAAUAUUCUUGGAGAAGAUUAUGUGAAUGUUACUGUCAGUAUCCGAUACAAUGGAACUACAGAUAUUGUUUCAACAGUGGCGACGUUCUAUGACUGCAAUGCUCAUGGCAGAGCAAUUGAUCAACUGCAGCCAUGCCAAGGAUGCAUAGAGAACCGAUGGUCGUACAAAUGUCAGUGGUGUAUUUCCGAUCAUGUUUGUGUCCCCACUGGAGGAGCUGCUUCAUGCACUCAUGAUUCUGAUGAAUGUCCACAAGUAACAUCAGUGACAAGUGAGUCCCGACUACUCUCUGUUGGACUUCCGACACAAAUCACAUUGAACGUUCUCAAUCUUCCUCAACCAGAAGAUACUCAAUACAGUUGUGUGGUUGGAAUUGAAGGAGCGAAGCCUGUUACUGUACCUGCUUCUGUAUCAACAUCUGGAGAUCAUGUUAUUUGUGACGAAGAAACCUAUAAAUACUCAGCAAAAUCUUCUGAAGUUCCUGCCAAUGUCACUGUGUAUUGGAAACCAGAUCGUGUGAUUGAUGCUAAAAUAUUCAAUCCAGUGUCGUUCUACAAUUGCUCAGUGUCUUACGAUGAUUGCUCUUUGUGUGUGAAGUCAAAACCAGAAUACAAUUGUGGAUGGUGCCAUUCCAUAGAUCAAUGCACAACACAGCAGCUAUGCACUAGCGACUGGACAACUGAUGCCGAAUCAUGUUCUCCACCACAAAUAACGUCAUUCUUUCCUACCAGUGGACCUAUUGCAGGAAACACAUCAGUUACAAUUCAUGGUGUGAAUAUGGGUGUGUCGGCAGACGAAGUUCAGUCUGUUACUGUGUCUAGUGUACCUUGUGCUGUGCGAAAGGAUUUAUAUCAAAUAUCAAAAGAGAUUGUUUGUGUCACUGGAGUCGCACCCAAGGAAAUGGAUGGUAAAGUAUCAAUCACUGUGCGUGGUAUCACAAAGAUAUCUACUGAGAGCUUCCACUACAGGAAUCCUACUUUAGAUGAAGUUCUUGUACCUGAAGGUCCAAUAGCUGGAGGAACAAUGGUUUCAAUUACUGGAAGCAAUCUGGAUGCUGGGUUGUACAGAGAAGCAUUUAUUGGAAAUCUACCUUGUGAAGUACAAUUGCCUCUAAGAUCAAGCACGGAUCUUGAAUGCAAAACAUCACCGGCUAAAGGUCCACUUAUUAAAGCAACUGUUCGAGUUGUUUUUGAUGGAUAUUCUGUUGAAUUGAGAAAUGCUUUCAGUUAUGUCAAAAACCCCCAGAUUUCGUCGUUCACGACAGCAACUGAUAUAAUGGCAAGUUUCUUAGCUGGAGGAAGAGAUAUUGUGUUUUCUGGAGAAAGACUUAAUAUUGUGCAGGAUGCUAAACUUGUUGCUUUCGUUUCUAACGAUAUUCAACAACCGAAUAGAGGGAACAAAAGAAAGCGAAGAAAAAGGAGUUUAAAGAAUAUUAUCAGAUAUAUGUUGAAUGGAGGAAGAAAUAAAAGAAGUACGAAAAAGUUUCAGGAUUCACGCGUUACUCGGUUUUCUUCAACAUGUGAAGUUGUCAAUUCAACAAAUAUAAUUUGUCCUUCUCCAGGGAUAAAUUUGACGAACAAUAUUACUGGAACAAUGCCGGUCGAAACUUCACUGCGCCUAAUCAUGGACAACAUUAAUAUUCCAUUAUCUUCAACUUUAAAAUAUUACCCGAAUCCUAUCGUGAAAGAUUUAGACCCGGAAGAAAAUCAAGAAAUUAGAAACGGGACUUUGUUGCGCAUAACGAUUCUCAAUCUUAACAAGGAUGCAAUUCGUGAGAGCGAGAUUGAGAUAAUGAUCGGCGAACGACGUUGUUUCGUGGAUUCUAUCAAUGAUAAAGGAAGCAUUGACUGCAGAAUCCCACCAAAACCCGAAGGGGAAGAGACAUCAUUUCCAGUUACUGUACAAAUGGGCUUCAAAUCUUGGGAAGUUGGAACUGUCCAAUAUUUUGUCUCUCCCCAACAACAAGGACUUAUUAUUGGAAUGGUGAUCCUUUCUGUCGUAGUCACAAUUGCAUUGGUGGUCAUCUUUUUCUGCUGUUUUAGAAGAAAUAAACAUUAUAAAGCUAACAAAAAUGACUUCCAAGAAGCUUUAGCCCAGUUAGAAAUGUCAGUUCGAGCAGAUUUUCGCAAAGCUUUUGCCGAACUCAGUAUCGACAUGACAGACUUGACAGGCGAUAUUGGAGACCUUGGAUUGCCAAUACUAGGAUACAGAGAGUAUGCAACGAAUAUGUUUUUUCCAAGCGUUCGAUAUCACUCAUGUAUGAAGGAACCUAACCCAACUGAUAAACCUAUUCCAGCAGUUCAGCAAGGAUUCAUCCAAUUUAACUUGUUGAUCACAAACAAACACUUCCUUUUAUCUUUCGUCCGAACUCUGGAACAGCAACGAGGAUUUAGCAACAGGGAUAAAGGAAAUGUGGCUUCUUUGAUAACUGUUGUUCUGCAUAAAAAAUUGGAUUAUUUCACAGAAGUGAUGAAGUGCCUUGUUUCUGAACUCGUAGCCACAAGUGUGCAGAGGAAUCCGAAGCUAGUUCUGAGAAGAACUGAGUCUGUAGCUGAGAGAAUGUUCAGUAACUGGAUGGCUAUUUGCCUUUUUCCUUACAUAAGGGAUAAAGCAGGGAAGCCGUUAUUCCUUUUACAAAAAGCCAUUAAACAUCAAGUGUCGAAAGGUGCAUUGGAUGCCGUGACUGGAAAAGCGAGAUACACACUGAGUGAUGAUAGACUGCUGAAAGAAGACAUCCAACCUGAAACACUGACCCUGUUUGUAUCGCAAAGUGAGACUCAUUCAGAUGAACCAAUCAUUGUCAAAGUUCUGUCUUGUGACACCAUCUCACAGGUAAAAGAAAAAGUCAUGGAUACUGUUUAUAAACGAAUACCUUUCUCACAAAGACCGAAAGCAGACCAGCUGGAAUUAGAGUGGCGUCACGGACGAGGCGGACAUCUUGUUCUUCCAAGCAGUGAUCAUGCAAAUGAGCCUGGCUCAAGAUGGCGUCGUGUUAUGACAAUUAAAGACUAUAAAGUGGAGAAUAAUGCUACCAUGGCUCUAAUAAUAAGACAACAAAAAUAUGAUGAUGUUGUCGACCAAUAUACGAACCAAAGUCCUGAAACUAGUGUUGUUUCUCCAAUGUUACCUGAAGAUAAUAUGAAAGUCUAUCAUUUGGUGAAAUAUACUGAUGAUAUUGAGCAAAAACGAGAAAGUACAAUUCCUCGAGACAGACACAAACACAUCUUGGAUUUAUAUUUACUUAGACUAAUCAAUAUGAAAGGCAUUCUUCAAAACUAUGUGGACGAAGUUUUUCAGUCGAUAUUAGAUACUCAGAGCAUACCAACGGCUGUCAAACAUUUCUUUGGUUUUCUGGAUGAAUUGGCAAAGACUCACGGAAUUGACGAUCCUGAGAUUUUACACAUCUGGAAAACUAACAGUGUCCUUGGUCGUUUCUGGGUGACAAUUCUGAAGAAUCCAGAAUCAGUUUUUGACAUUGAUAAACCAGAGAGUGUGGAAUCAUCUAUGGCAGUUAUUGCUCAAACAUUUAUUGAUGCCUGCUCGGUACAGGAACAUAAACCAACCAAGGAUUCACCAAUCAACAAACAGCUUUAUGCAAAGGAAAUUCCAACUUAUAAGAAGAUGGUUCAGAAAUAUUAUUCUGACGCUCACGAGAUGCAGCCAGUCAGUGACCAGGACAUGUGUGCCAACAUGGCGGAAAUCUCAAGAAGCCAUAAUAUUGAAUUUGAUGUCCAUGUUGCCUACAAUGAACUUUGGGGUUACGUCAACAAAUACUAUGAAGAGAUUCACGAAACACUUGCUAAUGAUUCCAACACAACGCAGAUGGUUAUACAGAGGCUUCAACAGGCGUACACUUUGAUUGACAGCUCCGUUAAUAACCCUUGAGCUCUGAUACUCCCUAUUGAGCAAUAGUUUGAUUGGCUUUAAUACUUCAGUGAACAGGAAGUUCAAAAACUUUUCUGGUUGUGGUGGACGAACUUUGACCUCUGUUAUGCUCUAAUGACUUCUCAGGGCUGAUCGAUAUGGAUUAUUACUACAGUCUUGACUAAAUUGGACUGCUUUUCCCAAAUAAAACUUAAAGUAACAUAUGUACAAUAAUUUGAGGAAGCCAGAAAAAUUAAUUUUGUUCCCUUAUUCGGUAUUUAUUCAAAAAUUGUUUAUUUUACAAUUUUUAGAUGGCCCUUUUAAAACAAGAAGUGGACAAGCAAUACCUUAUGAAUUUUUUGCAGCUAGGAUUGAAAUAUUCCCGAUUCAGUGGAAAUUUAUAUCGAUUAAAUUUUUCAUAUUAGUUUUUCAAAUAUCAAAAAGCACUGACAUAUUACUAAUUGUUUUCAUAAUGAAAUUUUGUUUUGUUUUUUAUUUUUUUUCUAACUGCCCUAAUUCUUGUUUAUGUGACUUGUUGAUAUAUUUCUUUGUUAGAGUUCAAGUUCUCAUCAUUGUUCUUCUCAUUUUGAACUCUGUAUUUUUCUGCUUCAGAAGUAUAUGUACCAAUAUGAAGGUAACAAAUUUAUUUCGCCUACUUUACAUCAAGUUGUGUAAAGGGACUGAAACCUAUGGGCAGGCGUGGGUAUAUUCACUUGGCUAACACAGACAGUCCU